AUGAGCUCUUCGCCUAGAACACCUACGAGUAAUCAGAUGAUUCAACUAUCACCAACCAUGCCUUCCAUUAGCACAACACACUUUUUGUGGGCAUGCAUGGGAGACUUGACCACACAAGAAAUUAUUUUUGAAGCUACUGUAAGAAAUAACAAGUCUGUGCAGAUGGCAAACUGGCUGAUUUGCAAUUCGACUUAUCAGCUGGAACCUGCAGUAUUUGCCCUAUUUCCAAAUAUCAUGCCUAUAGGUCCACUUUUGGCAAGCAAUCAGCUAGGAAAUUCAGCAGGCUACUUCUGGCCAGAAGACUCAACUUGCUUGGAAUGGCUUGAUCAACAGUCAGCAAACUCGGUCAUCUAUGCUGCAUUUGGGAGCCUUACCGUUUUUCGUGAGAUCCAGUUCCAAGAAUUGGCUUUGGGGCUUGAACUCACUAACAGGCCAUUCUUAUGGGUUGUGAGACCAGAUAUGGCUGAUAAGAACAACGAUGCUUACCCAGAAGGAUUCAAAGAAAGAGUAGCAACUCGUGGGCGAUUGGUAGGUUGGGCACCUCAGCAGAAGGUCCUGGGUCAUCCUUCUGUUGCUUGCUUUCUAAGCCAUUGUGGCUGGAACUCUACCAUGGAAGGCCUAAGCAAUGGAAUCCCUUUCCUAUGCUGGCCAUACUUUUGUGACCAGUUUCUUAACCAGAGUUACAUUUGUGAUGUGUGGAAAGUUGGAUUGGGGUUUAACCGCAAUGAAAGUGGGAUCAUCAAAAAAGAAGAAAUUAAGGAAAAAGUGGAGCAACUGCUCAGCGACAAGACAAUCAAAGCAAGGGCUUUGGAUCUAAAGGAAGUGGCUGCAAAAAGUGUUAAAGAAGGUGGUUGUUCUCACAAUAACUUUAACAAUUUUAUUAAAUGGUUGAAGGCAUAGACAAGUUGUUUAGGCUGCAAACAUGCUUGAUUUUAUUUCUUGGUUUGUGUCUUGAAUUUAUUAAUUGUAUGUCACUAAAACUGGACUUCGUAAUAUCUCUCCCAAACAGCUAUGCUAUGCUCUUCCUCUCUUAUUGUGCUUC